CUGUAUAACACUAUUCCCCCCCCCAUUCUUUAAUUCCUUUUUGAUACCCCCAUCCCCUCAACCACCAACCAUAUCUACACACACACACCCAACCACCACCAAUAACAAACACACAUCUAAUCCGACAAGAUGGGUGCCACCGACAAGAUCAAGGAGAAGAAGGACAAGUCCGAGAAGAAGGACAAGAAGGAGAAGAAGAUGAGCGAGGAGGCCGGUGUCAAGAAGGAGAAGAAGGACAAGAAGGAGAAGAAGGAGAAGACCGAGAAGCUCGCCAAGGCCGUCGAGGCUCACCUCGAGAAGGAGGGUUCCGUCGACCCUGAGGAUGUCGUCAAGACCGCCGAGGAGCUUGUCCCCUUUGCCCUUCCCCUCGCCGACGACAAGACCCACAAGAAGAUUUACAAGUUGAUCAAGAAGGGCGCCAAGCUCAAGUCCAUCCACCGCGGCGUAAAAGAGUGCGAGAAGGCCAUCAAGAAGUGCCCCCUCCGGACCGCCGCCUCCCCUCCCGCCGACGCUCCCGGCCUCGUCAUCAUCGCCGGCGACAUCUCGCCCAUGGACGUGAUCAUGCACUUCCCCAUUCUGUGCGAGGAGCACGGCGUUCCCUACUUGUACAUUCGCUCGCGCGCCGACCUGGGCGUGGCCGCCUGCACCAAGCGCGCCACCUCGGUGGUGAUGCUCAAGCCCGAGGGCAAGAAGUCUUCUGGUGGCAAGGAGGAGGCCGGCGACGACAAGAAGGUCGACCCUGCCGAGUACCUCGAGGCCUACAAGGAGCUGGUCAAGACGGCGCAAAAACAGUGGAACGUCCAGGUCGAGCCCUGGGUCAAGGGUACUCACCCGCUCCAGAUCGAGGCCAAGGUCAAGGGCACUGCCUAAAUUGGCGAGAGCAACGACACGAGCGAAACAACACACAAAAAAAAUGAAAGACUGCAACGACACGAUGGCGACAGCGGGGGCACAUGAGACCAUGACACCACUGUUGGUGUCGGUGUGAUUGUGCGUCUGCUUGUUGCAAGAGUGUUCGUGUGCAUAUGUGCUUUUUGCUCAAACAACCGGACCGUCUUACCGUUGAGAGAGAAGAAAACAGGCGACCGAUCAUCUUGGAGAUUGGACGCUGGCGGGCAGCGCAAAGACUGUUCUUUGAUGGACUUGUGCCUGGGCUUGGGGAACAGAUGAAGGAGGAACAAGUUUGUGACGCUCUAAUCACAACCUUUGUCACUCUUUUCUCUCCUCGAUGUCGAUUUCUGUCUCCGCUUCGGGCUUCUCCCAGCUCUCGCUCUCAUCACGAAAAGAUUGUCGGAUAUCGGUCAUCAUCUCUUCCGCAUUGACCACAUCCGGUCGGCUCCCAUGGGCUGACUUGGUUGUUCUGGGCUUUUAUCUAAGCUAUAGAUAGAGAGCAUUGAUGGGUUGACGGUUUUAGUCUAUCCUGGUUUCGGUUAUGGAUUUAUGGCGCUGGCUACUUGCUGUCAUUGAAAAUGGAAGGCGUUGUGGGGUAAACACUUGUAUUUUGUACGGUAUAUAUGAGAAAGGAAUACCAAGUUCAUCAGUUC